AUGAUUCCUUUCUUCCUAAUUUUGCUUAUUUAUUUAUUUUCUGUUUUCAUUUUUCUUUCUUGCUUUCAUAAUUUACUUUCUAUUUGCCUUCUCUUUCUUUUUUCUUUCUUUCCUUCUUUCUUUCUUUCUUUCUUUCUUUCUUUCUUUCUUUCUUUCUUUCUUUGCCAAUUGCCUGUCUCUUUGUCUGUUAUUUCUUUCCUUCUUCUUUCUUUCUUUCUUUGUUUCUUUAUUUCUUUCUUUGUUUCUUUAUUUCCUUCUUUCUUUCUUUCUUUCUUUGCCAAUUGCCUGUCUCUUUGUCUGUUAUUUCUUUCUUUCUUCUUUGUUUCUUUACCUAUUUGCUCUCUAUUUGCGUUCUCUUUCUUUCUUUUUUUACUUUCUUCUUUCUUUGCCAAUUUACUAUAUGUUAAUCUGUUCUUUCUUUCUCUCUUCUUUCUUUCUUGCUUCUUUUACUUUCUUUCUUUCUAUUUAAAUACUUUCUUUCUUUGCCAAUUCACUUUCUAUUUCUUUCUUUCUUAUUUCCCAAAUGACUCUCUUUUUGUCUGUUCUUUCUUUCUUUCUUUCUUUCUUUCUUUCUUUCUUUCUUUCUUUCUUUCUUUCUUUGCCAUUUUACUCUCCUUGGUUUUUCUUUCUUUCUUUCUUUCUUUCUUUCUUUCUUUGCCAUUUUACUCUCCUUGCUUUUUCUUUCUUUCUUUCUUUCUUUCUUUCUUUCUUUGCCAUUUUACUUUUUCUUUCCUUUCUUUUUUUCUUUCUUUUUUUUCUUUCUUUUACUUUUUUUCUUUUCUUUCUUUCUUUCUUUUUCUUUCUUUUCUUUCUUUGCCAUUUUACUCUUUUUCCUUUCUUUUUCUUUCUUUCUUUCUUUCUUUCUUUCUUUCUUUCUUUCUUUCUUUCUUUUGCCAAUUUACUCAAUUCUUAUCUCUCACUUAA